UUUAGCGGGCUAAGCUCGACGUGGACCAGACGAAUACCUUGAUUUUCCGAGCUAUUUUUAGAGGCUUGUUCAGAGAGAGUGAUUUGGGUAGCUGGUCCAAGGUUGUGAGUUUUCCGGAAAAUUCCGUUUGUCUGAGAGGUAUAAAGCCAGAGCUGUGUGGGUUCCAGGAUAGUUCCAGCAGAAGUCAGACAACUGGCAGUUUCUUACACACUUUGUAAGGUGAACAGUUGAGCGUUUUGACAUACAACACACUGGUUGGCACACAACAUGGCGGUGUGUCAGGAGAACACACCCGUGACACAGGACUGUUGUGGAGGCUUUACAGAAUUUAAACGCAGCACGUCUGGCUCUGUAAAGAAAAUUCAAAGAAUUCCUCGCUGUAGACACGAUUCCUUCGAGACGGAGGUCAGCUUUGAGGGUGAGUCAGGCUUCCACGCGCGCUUCUCCCACUGCAAGAAACACCCGGGGCACGGCGACUUCAUCCCUGUGGACGACCUUGACAUUGAGCACCUGCCGGAGAACUUCCGGGACAAGGACGUGCUGACCCUCAUCCGGGCACUGGCAGCCAUCACGGUCAGGGUGGAGACGGACUUUGUCAGCCCGGGCAGACCCCGCUUCUACCAAGACACGGACAUUCCGUAUCCGUUCCACAACGCGAUAGGUGACCGGAUGUUGCGGACCGGAAGUGGGCGUGUCCGGUACGUGACGGUUCCGGUCAACAAGAAGGACCAGCCCUGCCCCUGUCACGUGUGCAAGACUUCCGGUAAACCGAAGCGAAUGUGGUGUAAAGUGGGCGUGGUCACAGCCACCCACGUGGUGUAUGACGAGGAGGAAGCGAGGCACACCACGUGCCGAGUCGGCUUCAACAGCGACACCAGCCCCGUCGUGACCUUCGAGGGCAUGGGGGUCAGCGCUCAUGGUGCUCACGUGGACGGUGACAGAUUUAACCUGUGCUGCGUCACGCACGACCUUGACCUGGCCAGGAAACUGCGGCGGUCAGUGGCCAGGUACAAGCAGCACUGCCUGAAAAUCAGCAAGAAGGUAGACUCUGGUAACCAUGACAACAGGCUGGCCAUCGUCGUGUCCCACCCACACGGCUGCGCCAAGAAAGUGACCAUCGGCCGGUGGACGGAGAAGUUCCGGAUUGCCGGCACCGGCUACACGGUGUACCACUACACGGCCUGCACGUGCCCCGGUACCAGCGGCGCGCCGGUCUACAUCCUGGACCGGCAGACGUUCGGCUGGUGCAACCACCCGCACAGCGCCGCCAGGGUCGACGUCAACUGCAGCGGGGUGGGGUACGCCUAGGGGUACCAGACCCCCGC